UGUAUGGCCAUCGUAGGUAGAGAGCAGCCAUCCUGGUAGCGACGAGGCGAAUGGUAGGUAUCCAGUUGCUGUCGAGAUCGGAACGGAUUCCAGUGAACAAAGAAAUUUUCGUUUUGUAAAAACGCAACUGGCAAGGUUUUGUCAAUGUGCAGUUUUUGAGAUUAUAUAUGAGAAACUACACCUAGUUUCAUGUGAUUCGGCUGGAGAAACGGUCAAAAAUUUAUACUAGACACUGCGAGAUAAUGAGAAGUGAUUUAUUUCUUUAUAUAAACUUCACUUGUAUCUUUUAACUCUAUAAAACAAUGUGACUAAAAAACUGCGUGACGUACUAUUGGGAGAAGUGCAAAACACGAGCCUGUCUGAUUUCAAGUUCAUCCUCACAGUUUUCCUCCAAAGUAAAUGAGUUUUCAAUUCAGGCUCCUGAAAUUAAGAUAAUAGCUAGUAUUGUUACAAUGAUUCCAGGUGAGUGGAAGCCGGCAAAAACCACAAGUCCUGUGGAUACUUGGUCUGACAAUGAGGUUUUAUAUUUAUCAGCGUGUAUGAAGUUAGGAGGAGAAAAUUGGCAACUAGCUAGCUAUAUUAUGCAAUUACACCAAGAUUCAAACCGCCCAUUUACAUGGUUCACCGCAAAGAAAUGCCGAAAUCAGUUUUUAAAGUUGUUAAAAGAAGAUUACCUGGUACUACGAUCAGCAGGUUCAAAAAACAAAAUAUUAAAUAAAACCCCUUUGGAAAGAAUUAUCCACAGAUUUAGCAGAGGAAAAUUAAAAGACCAAUUUCAAAGGAUCUCAAAUGAAAUUAUGCUUGAUGUUCAAAACUUCAAACGAAUUAAUGAAGGAGAGUUAGAAGUGAAAGUUGGACAUGACACUCAAAAAGCUGAGAGAGUUCUUAAAAUUGAAGAGUAUCUCAUGAAAAACGGAAACGAAAAGACGGAGGAUAAACAACAAAAAUUUAACCAACAUUCAGAGAAGCAGAAUAAAGAGAAUGCUACACUACUUUAUCUACCCAGAAUGCCAGGCACAUGUUUUACUCAUUUUCCUUUAUCACUACUGCGCAGACGAAUAAGCUACACAAUAACUUUUGUUUUAAUUGCAGGUGACAUUGAGAAUAAUAGCAUAGAAAAAAUGCGCGAUGUUCAAAACCUCAUCCAAAAAUUUGGAGAUAUAGACGUGAAAGCUGACCAUGGUUAUCAAGGUCUUAAACAUAUUCGUAAGAAAAGUGUGGACAUAUUCAAGAACAAGAAAAGACUACUUGGUCAACAUAUGGAGAUGCAGAGAAAAGAGAGUACUGUAUUCAAUCAUUCCCCCAUAAUACCAGCCCUUCUUGGAGGUGAACAACAAAAUUCCAGGGUCUGUAGUCAUAAGAACGGCCAGGAAGAGGACAUAUGGAUAACUGUUGCACAAAAUGUAAAAUUCGAAGAACUAGAGGAAAAACCAGAGCAUUCCCUGUUGUAUAAAGAAGACUUCGCCCAUAUUGAUAGUAUACAGUGCUGUGCAUGGGGAUGUCACAAGAAACAAAUUAACUGUGAUGAUUGGGAACUCCGGGUCAUCGAAGAUAACGUAGUCUAUUGGUCUCUCAUCUCUGAAGAGAUUGAAUAUAAUAUCAUCACAGGCUCUGUGGAUUGUGCAAAAAUUUGGACUUUUGAAAAUAAUAAAUUGACAUUGAAGCAUACAUUACCUCAUCCUUGGGGCGUUAUUUCAGUAUCUAUAAAUUCAGAUGGAACAAAAUGCGCAACGACAUCUGUGGAUCACCAUGUUUUUGUGUGGGAUAUUGAAAUGGCCCAAAAAAUAAAAAGCAUUGAUCUUGAAAUAAAUGAUUUGUUUGGCGCAUCAUUUACUCCAGAUGACAACUUAUUCGUGUUUGGAAGAUUCUCUGGAAGAGUGUACAUAUCUAACGUAGAAUCUGAAGAAAAUGAAGAAAUAUUAAAGAUUUAUCCAAAAGAGCCUGUUAUUAGCUGUGCCAUUAUGAGUUCUGAUGGAAAAUAUAUUGCCUGUGGAACUCUAACUGGUCUACUUGAGGUUUUUGAUACAUUGUCUGGGCGACAAGUGUAUAUAAAAAGAGGUAUUGGUUUCAGUAUUCUUUCAUUUUGUUUCUCAACCGACUCCAAGUUUUUGUUGAGUGGAUCAAAUAUGGGACACAUUACAAUUCAUAAAAUCAAGAAGGCCAAUAUUGUGGGUCUUCGUUUUGGAUCUGCUGCACGUAUAAUAGGUAUUGCAUUCUCACCUGAUAAUAGGCACUUUGUAUCAAGCAGCGAUGAUGGUACAGUUCGUGUUUGGGAUAUCAGAUCUGAGGAGUGUCUUCACACAUUCACUGAGCAUGAAAAUACGUCAAUUUGCCAACCGUACGGCGAUGAAGAUGCAGCAAAGUGGCAAUAUGUAGGUGAAGUAAUUGGAAAUUGUGAAAGACGAAAAGAAAUGUUUAGAGCACUGUACUGCAUUGCACUGCACUGCAUUGCCUACCCAGAAUUGUACGAUGAAAUAUUUUCAAUUAUUUAG